UUAACGUCAAACAUUUUGAUAAAUAAUAAAUUAUUUAUAGAGCUUUUUGUGGCGUUUUGUCGGUUUGUUUUUGCCUUUCACUUAUAUGGCAGCACUUUGUGAUUUCUUCUAUAUUUUUGCCAACAAUUUAAUGGACGAUUUACUAAUUGAUUGCACGCGGCGCAUUUAACAAAUUAAAUUGUACAAACAAAAUUUAAAGUGCUAAUGAGAAUAAAAAAGAAAAUAUUUUACGAAUAAUUUGCACAUUUGCGAAAGAUUUAAACACAUCGUUAACGGCAAAACAAAACCUGUUUAAAUAUUGAUCUGCAGCAAAAUCAACACCCAAAAAUAUCUAGGGCACAUAUAUAAAUAUUACACAUACGCCACCGCACCGGCUCAUUGACUUACCCCGCUUGCUCCCUCCAUCUCUCACACUCACUGUCUCUCUUCAAUCUUGCACUACCAUCUAUAUUGAAUGAGCCCAAUGAGUGGACUACGUCAGCAGCUAAAGAUGCUGGGAACAGCGCUGCUGGGCAAACGUGCCACAAAGCCUGUUAAAAAGAAACCAUUUACAGAUGUGGAAAUUACAGAUCUACGUACAGCAUUCGAUUUAUUAGAUAGAAAUCGGGAUGGACGCGUCACAGCAAAUGAGUUGCAGUUUAUGCUCAAGAAUCUGGGCAUAAAUGUGCGCGAUGAAAUCAUACAUGAUCUCAUACGGGAGGCAAGCCAUUCAGGAAACGGUUUAAUCAACGAGGCCGAGUUCCUGCAAUGGGUUGGCAGAAUCCAGGCGCUGCGAGACGACCAGCAACAGCACGAUGACAGCGCCAGCACCGCCAGCAAACCCGUGGAUGAGGCCGAUGAUGUCACCGAAGACUUAAUAGCCGCAUUUAGAGUAUUCGAUCGUGAUGGCAAUGGAUUUAUUACACGAGAUGAGCUCCAAACCGCAAUGGAAAUGAUUGGGGAGCCAUUGAAUGAACAGCAACUGGAGCAGCUGCUGACAAUUGCCGACUUGGAUCAGGAUGGACGCAUUAAUUACGAGGAGUUUACGAGACUUUUGCUCUAAGUCCAGAAAUGAGCGCAAUUACAAAAGGAUGGCAAAAGGAUUAACAAAUGCAACUUAAUUAUUAAGCGAUUACUAACAUACUCAGACAACAGAAUUAAAUAAAUGUUUUAUACAAAAAAAAGUUGAAAAGAAAAACAUAAAUAUAUAUUGAUAAUUAUGUUAAGAGCUUGGAAGGAAUUAGAAGGAACACAAGCACACACACAUAUAUAAAUCUCAAUUUGAGUUGAAAUUCAUCACACACACACACUCACAAAAUUAGUUUCUAAAUCAUUUGUAAAAAUACAAAAUUCUGGAAAUUCAUAUUUUUUGUACGACUUAAGUUAAUAUUUGAAACAAUCUAUAAUUAAUGCAUAAAUUAUAUAAUUAUAUGAAAUCGUAACACACACACAUACACACAUACAAACAUAUAUAUAUGCAUAUUCGGAUAAGUCUGAGCGCGUGAGUGAUAUUGUGUUUAGGGUGCUGCAACAACAAAAAAAAGA